UCUCUCUCUCUCUCUCUCUCUCUCUCUCUCUCUCUCUCUAAUGUGUACUGCUCCUUCUGCUUCUGUAUAAAUUUGCCACCAUAUUGUUCAUUUUGUCACCUCAUAUCCUCUCUCUCAUGCUUUCCUCUAAUUCUCCAUUGAAGUUCUAAAACUCCUUCAAAGCUGAUGAAGGUUAAUAUUGCUUCCUCUAAUUCUCCAUCGAAUUUGUUUUAUUUUAUACCUUAUCAUGUUGAUUUUUUUUAGUUUUAAAAUUUAUUUAGUUCUCAUUCUUUUGUCUUUUACACAAUUUCGUCCAUACAUAGCUUAAAUACUUAUAAUAAAAAGCGAUACAAUGGCCACUAAAAAUUUACAACGUUCUUUGUUGAUAAAAAAAAGUACGUACAAUAAUCUUGUAGAACUUACAAAUUAUAUAUUUUUCGUACAAAUAAGAACGUAGCAUAAUCUUUCUAACAAAUUUCUAACAACUAAAAAAAAAUAUUUGUGAACAUUUUUCUCGUACAUACAAAUUUGGGUUAUACAAAACAGAUAAGCUCAUGAACUGAAAUCUUGAAUUUUUUACCUCGCUUGGUCAGGCUCAAGGAAUGCCUGAAAAACAACUAGGAGUGCUUAAGGCACUUGAUGUUGCGAAGACGCAACUGUACCAUUUCACGGCGAUUCUCAUUGCUGGAAUGGGUUUCUUUACUGAUGCCUACGAUCUCUUCUGUGUCUCUCUGGUGACCAAACUCCUUGGCCGCAUCUACUACUUCAAUCCACUGUCAGACAAGCCUGGCUCACUUCCCCCUCACGUUGCGGGAGCGGUCAAUGGUGCGGCUCUUUGUGGAACCCUUGCUGGUCAGCUCUUCUUCGGAUGGCUCGGUGACAAGCUUGGAAGAAAAACAGUGUAUGGUAUCACUUUGAUCAUGAUGACUUUGUGCUCCAUCGGUUCGGGUCUCUCCUUCGGUAACAAAGCCACGGGUGUCAUGACCACCCUUUGUUUCUUCGGGUUUUGGCUGGGAUUUGGUAUUGGAGGUGAUUACCCUCUUUCUGCGACUAUUAUGUCUGAAUACGCAAACAAGAAGACUCGUGGUGCUUUCAUCGCUGCGGUAUUUGCUAUGCAAGGUGUUGGUAUAUUGGCUGGAGGUUUUGUGGCACUUAUAGUAUCUUCUAUAUUCGACAUGAAGUUUCCAGCACCAACCUAUGAAGUUGAUAGGGUUCUCUCAACGCCUCCUCAGGCUGAUUGCGUUUGGCGAAUCAUUGUCAUGUUUGGUGCUCUACCCGCAGUCUUGACUUACUACUGGCGCAUGAAAAUGCCAGAGACCGCUCGGUACACUGCUUUGGUUGCAAAAAACAUCAAACAAGCAACACAAGACAUGUCCAAGGUCUUACAAAUACAACUUGAGGUGGAGGAAAGAGCGGCGGAUAUCAUGAAAGACCCCAGACUUAGCUAUGGCUUGUUCUCCAAGGAAUUCGCCAAACGCCAUGGUCUUCCACUACUCGGAUGUACAACCACAUGGUUCUUGCUUGACAUUGCCUUUUAUAGCCAAAACUUGUUCCAAAAGGAUAUCUUCUCGGGUAUCGGAUGGAUCCCAAAGGCAGCAACUAUGAACGCCAUUCAUGAGGUUUUCAGGAUUGCUAGGGCUCAGUCUCUCAUAGCGCUAUGCAGUACUGUCCCUGGUUACUGGUUUACGGUUGCGUUUAUUGAGAUCAUGGGAAGAGUUGCGAUCCAGCUGAUGGGAUUCUUCAUGAUGACUGUCUUUAUGUUUGCCAUUGCCUUCCCUUAUGAUCACUGGACCAAACCGGAGAAUCGUUUAGGGUUCGUGGUUAUGUACUCUCUCACUUUCUUUUUUGCCAAUUUUGGACCAAACGCAACCACUUUCAUUAUACCGGCCGAGAUAUUCCCAGCUAGGCUAAGAUCCACGUGCCAUGGGAUAUCAGCCGCAACAGGUAAGGCUGGAGCCAUCGUGGGAGCUUUUGGGUUCCUAUACGCAGCUCAGCCACAGGACAAGACCAAGACGGACGCAGGAUAUCCACCGGGCAUUGGAAUCAAGAACUCACUGAUCACGCUUGGUGUCAUCAACUUCGUCGGUAUGCUCUUCACCUUCCUUGUCCCUGAGCCCAAAGGAAAAUCCCUCGAAGAAUUAUCCGGUGAGAAUGAGAUUGGGACAUGAUCAAGAUGAAAUUAUUGUUUUUGUAUUUUCAAUUUUAUUGUGUGGAGUGUGGAGUGUGGAGUCUGUUUUUGCUUCUUUUUUUUCUUGGGUUUACUGAUCUUGACGUUAUGAUGUUUAUAAGAAGAAUAAUAUUUCUAAUCUUCCGAGCAUUAGCGAACUUGAUUGGAUUCUGUUGGGAGGAAGAUGAGAGUUGAUGUAUUUGUUUGAGAUAAAUAUUUGUGUUAAGUAUUAUUGUGAUGUAAACUAAAUGUUAUAAUCCUAGGCUAGGCCGAGUGGUUGAAUUAUGUGUAGAUUCAAGUUUCGGUCUUCGGUUUCUCUUUGGAUUUAGAUUUUUU